AUGGGACUGCAUGAGCUAUGGGAAGUAUGGGAGAUCAAGUUUCUGCUGCUUAUAAGCUUACUGUUGCAAGUGCUACUGCUUAUCUUCACCGAGUGUCGUCGGUUUGUAAAAUGGCCCCUUCUGUCAACGGCGUUGAAUGGCGCCCUCUGGCUUCUGUACCAAAUGGCUGACUCCAUCGCUUUAUACGUGCUCGGCCACAUGUCCCUGAAAACCAAGGCACGCGAGCAGCAGCAGCUCAUGGCGUUCUGGGCAUCGCUGCUGUUGGUUCACCUCGGUGGACAGGACAGCAUCACUGCCUACGCUUUGGCGGACAACGAGUUAUGGCUGCGCCACCUAUUUACUCUCGUGGUGCAGGCAGCAGGAGCUACAUAUGUUUUGUACAAGUACGUUGCCGGCGGUAGUAGGGCCUUGCUCGCUGCAGCUGUGUUGAUGUUCCUUGUGGGUGUUGGCAAGUACCUGGAGAGGAUAUUUGCUCUCUACUUCUCUGGCCUUGAAAACAUCAGCAAGUUCCUCGACCGCUUGGAGGUACCGAAGAAAGCCAGGAACUCGGAGUACCGAAUCCCAGCUUGUUUGGAUAAUGAGGAAAGUAUCCUGCAGGGAGCUCAUGACCUCCUCCAUCUCUGCAUGGGCCAGUUUGCUGAUUUCAAGGUGUGGCCGUCCCCGUUCCAAAUCGGGGCCAUAAUGGUCUAUUGUGAUGAUACUUAUCCCGAUACUACUCCCGUGGGGAGCAAGUUGCUGCAAUUAGUCGGGAUGCAACUCUCCUUGAUGCGGGACAUCCUCUACACUAAGCGGCGGUGA